CGCCGUGAAUGCCGGUCGCGCAUCGUUCACAUCCCGAAUAAUCGAAAAUAAUCGAUAUAUUUUGAAUCGGUAAUCGGUUGGAGAUGGCCAGCAAGGCGAAUGGUGUCGAGGAGUGGGUCAGGGCCCCUCCUCCACCAGGAACAUGCUUCUCCAGAAUGAUGAACGCGAUUUAUAACCCUGAGGAGCAUAGCUUCUUGGGGAGGACACCAAAGAGAUGGGGCAUAGUGCUGACCUUCUACCUGGUGUUCUACGCAGUCCUGGCUCUGAUGUUCGCUCUCUGCAUGGGUGGUUUGUACCUCACGCUGGAACCGAAACGCCCCACAUACCUGCUGCACGAGUCUCUUAUAGGAGCGAACCCUGGCGUGGCUUCCCGCCCUCUGUAUGAGACACCAGUCCUCAGGUACAGCGUGGACAACAGUUCUGCUUACCAGCCCUAUGUACAUCAGCUUGAAGAGUUCUUCCAACCUUACAUGGCUGAUCGCUGGUACACAUCCAAGAAGGGUUGCACUGCAGAAGACCACUACGGUUUCCCUGAGAACCCUUGCAUCUUCAUCAAGGUUAACAAAAUAAUAGGAUGGAAGCCAGAGUAUUACGAUGUCAAUGAACUGCCAGCUGACAUGCCCGAGGAUCUCGUAGAAUACAUACAGAAACUAGACGCAACCCAGCAACAACAAGUGUGGGUGUCAUGCCUGGAAGAGAAGGCGAAUGACACCAAGCUGGAGUACCCCUGGGGCCAAGGGUUACCAGGGUCCUUCUACCCAUUCACCAACGAUCAGGGGUACAGGAGCCCGCUCGUUGCUGUGCGGUUAUCUUCACCAGCACACAACCUGAACAUCGUGAUUCGAUGCAGAGCGUGGGCCAAGAAUAUAAUACAGAACAAGAGUCUGAAGGAACCAUCGGGUUACACUCGCUUCCAGUUGUACGUUGAAGCCAAUGACAGUGCGAACGACACUGAGGUUCUAACAUAAGCAGCAAUGUAUGUUAAUCAUAGCGAUAGUGUGGUUGCUAAUGGAACUUAGUACUGCCAGGCUUAGUACGCAUUGUGAUUUUGGAAUUCUUUCUUUAAGUUUAUUUUUUUUUGUUUAAAAAAUGUGUAGAGGUCUUAUGUGAUUUGUUGUUGAAAUAACAAUUGCUUAAAGGAGGCAGCUUUGCUUGUGCAAGGUUCACUACUAUUAGACUUCGCAAAAGUAAAAAAAAUAUGAUAGAAACGCAUAAAAAUUAAAAUGCGAUAUUAUUUUUCUUGAACUGUCUGUACUUUCUGUACAUAAUUCGAGCAUUAGAGGUACAAUAUAUUUUCCCAGUGUUACAGUUUAACAAAAUUUUCUUUCAAGUCUAAACGAUGCGUACAUAGCCUUAGAAAUUUAAUUAGAUCAAUGUUCAGUUGUGAACUGAUGAGUCAUCGCGUGGUGUCAGGUUUAGCUAGUUAUUCUUGAUUUAUAGAACUUUAAACAGAACUUACCCUAUUCCUCACUGUUUGAAUUGAAUAUUUAAAAAAUGCAUAUAAGAACCCGCCUUUUCUUUUUUGAUGUUUUUAAUUACCUAUGUUAGUUUAUGUUUUUGAAUUCAACUGUAGGUUCAUGUCAAUAAUUAUUUCUCUUUAAAUUGAUAAGUGAUUUUCUGUAUUAUACAAUAAAAUUAUAAUGAACUAUGAUUAAUAGAAGCUGAUCCGUCGUGCAAACUAUUAUAUGAUGAAUACAUAAUUAUAAUGAUUUAUACAUAUUUGAAAAUGUCACCUAUUCUAAGAUUAUUACAAACUUCACCAAUGUUAGAUUUUUAUAAAUCUAAAUUAUAUUUAGUUAAGUUUGAAAUAUUAAUGAUUUGUUUAUAUGCAAUUUCUACACCUGCUUAGCACAUAGCUAUAGUAUAUGAACGGAUGAAUCAAUGCAUGCAAUUUUGUGUAUGAAUAUUACAUGUAGAAAUGUAAUUUUUGUCACCAUAGGAUAUUUAUCUAAUGAGCCAAAUAAUUAUAUUUAAUUAAAUAAUCAAUAUUGUACACAGUUACGCAAUAAAAAAAAAUUGAUACAAUUUCCACAAUUUUCCACCAUAUUACUAUUAUGAAGAAUGUUUUAUUUGUUGAAAUAUAUGUAAAUAUAAUGAAACCCACCUUUAUAUUUGUAGCAGCUUGCCCUUUUAAAAAAAUGGAUAUCCAACGUAAUACUUAGGUACUUUUAAUUGGCAUAAGUAGCUUGUUCACAUAUGUACAAUGGGUCGAAUUCUUCCUUUUAAAAGUGAAAUAGUGAUAACUCUAAAUAAAAGCUGUAUUUAAUAAUAUGUUCUUUGUAAAUACCUGCUAAGGUAUUGUACCUAUAUUGAGAACGAUGCUCUCUAGAACAUAUUUCAAUCGUGUUUUCUCUGCUAUUUAUCAUAAUAGAUGUACUAUAUCCCUCUAUAGUUAUAAAGCUCUAUUUUUCGAAGCAAUUUGAGUAUGUUAUAUAGAUACCUACUGUGGUAUUGUUACUGUAUGUGAUUGUGAUGCCUGGAGCGAGUACAAAUCCUAUUUAAAUAUUCCAUGUUGUUUGUAUGAAAUGUGAGUUUAUUUCGAAUAAAUUGAUCAAAUUGUGAUAA